GGUGGCCCAUGUGUGACCCAUCUGUGAUGGGUGUGAAGACCACCAUGCCUCGGAAGUAAAUGUGUCCACACUUGUCAUAAGUCUGGUGGUAGAACAGUCCUGUUCACCACAUAUGAGCCUGGGGUGGGCUCAUACAUAUGAGGGCUCCCACAUAUGAGCCUGGGGUGCACAGUCCCCACCCUCGCUGAGCUCCUGUACACAGGGGCAGGUGUGUGCGAGCCCAGAGGCAGGGUGGUGAGAGGCCUGGGGAGGCUUCUGGGAAGGAGUGGCAAGGAUGAGCGAGGCCGGGGUAGUCAGGAGGAAGGGCCUGAGCGAGGGCCAGGAGAACUAGAAGGAGCAAGAGCUCAAUAAAUACUUGUGGGUGGACGUAAGUGAGGCAAAAGUGCGUGUCAGAGCAGCCUGGACAUGCCCGGCCCUGCCACAUGCAGGACAGGAGGUCGCUUUCUCGGGAUCUGCCCGAGAGCACAGGGCCACGGGCCAGGUGGGAUGUGAAGUGGUGCAGGAUUUGGAGGCAGACUGCUUCACCCUCUCUCUGAACUUCACUUCUCCCUCGCCGUCUGGUCAGGCCCGGCAGCUCCUCUGAGGGCUGAGGGAGGCUGGGUGAUCCCUGGGAUGUGAGCACACUUGGGAAAGCAGUGUAGACUAUGAAAUGGGAUGGGGCUGGGGGGCUGGUCGCCCUCCGUCUGACCUGAUGCCCAGCUGGGCUGCACGUUGCAUUGGCCACCUGACUCCUGGUGCCUCUUGGGUUUCCAUUGCUGAUGGGGAACCAUGGAUUGAAUGCCAGUGUGGGAGGGCUUACCUGAUCCACUGAAACAGAUGAGCACAGUCCCCACAGGAUGGCACAGGAGGUGGGAGGGUCCUCCACGACCAAGGAUGUGGCUGUCCCCACCUCUCCUCUGGCCCCUCCUGAGCCUAGGCCCUGACCACACCCAACCAUUUCACUCCCUGCCCCCCCCCCCAGCACCCCUGCCUGCUGGCCUCGGUGCCAUGCCCCCUCUGCCUGCAUCCACUCCCAGGCUCACCCACCCUGUAUGGGCUAGCCUGAGAACCACCUCCCCUAGGACAUCUCCAGGAUCCAACUGAGAUCCUCUGGUGGCUCCUCCACACUGCCCCGUGCAGUGCCCCACGCCUGCCUGUCCUGUCGUAACUCAGUAUCUCCGUGUUCCAAUCCCACUCUGAGCCUACAAGCUCAGCAGAAGCAGCAGAAUAAGUAGCCGAAAACCAACUCAAGAAGCAGCCAAACCUCCCAGGGGCGUUCCCAACCGACGGCUCCGCAGAAUGACUCCCGGGGGCUGGUUUUCCUCUCUGGACGCCUUGGCUGCCUGUUGGCCUGUGCAGCACCAGGCCAGGCAUUUUCACUCCCAUUUGUUGCAUUUGGGCAAAAGUGGCAGCUCAGCGUUCAGUGCCUUGCCUAAGGACAGGCGGUUGCAAAGCAGGAGGCAGAGCCAUGACCUGUCUGUCCUGCCCUGGUCGUUCAGGAGGAGCCUGGGCCAGUGCCAGGUGCCCCCGCCUGCACCCCAGGAGUGCAGACUUUAUAGGUAGGAUAGAAACCUAAAACCUUGAAAAUCGACACCUUGGUGGAGAUCCUGGAGAGGAGUCCCAGGCCUCCUGAUUGCUGUAAUGACAGGGAGCGGAGAAAAAAAGUGUUGGCUAGUGUCCCAUGUAGGCAGGUCCAUCACCGCAUUUCCUAUUGGGUGCCCCCCCCGCCCCGCCUCCCCGUGGACUUUGCCACCUCAUUCCUGGAGAUGCCCUGCAGAGGCCCCACCCAGGCCUCCGUCCCACCAGGGCCUGGCAUCAGGGACAAGGCAUGGACUCCAGGGAACUGAGCUUCGCUCCCCGGAGGCACCACAGGAGCCGCCUCGGGAGGAGGAGGAGGAGGAGCCAGGUGCCAGCUGGGCGGAGAGUGCAGAGAUGGACCUGCUCGCUCGUGGGGGCCUCGCUCGUGGGUGCCUUCGGCUCCUCCUUCCUCUAUGGCUACAACCUUUCGGUGGUCAACGCCCCCGCCCCGUACAUCAAGGCCUUUUACAAUGCCUCGUGGCAGAGAAGACACGGACAGCCAAUAGGCGCGGACACGCUGACGCUGCUCUGGUCUCUGACUGUGUCCAUAUUCGCCAUCGGAGGACUUGUGGGGACGUUCGUGGUGAAGGGGAUCGGAAAGUUCCUUGGGAGGAAGUCCACUUUGCUGGUCAACAAUGGGUUUGCUGUCGCCGCGGCAUUGCUGAUGGCCUGCGCUCUGCGGGCAGGAGCCUUCGAGAUGCUGAUUGUGGGCCGCUUCAUCAUGGGUGUGGAUGGAGGCAUCGCCCUCAGCGCGCUCCCCAUGUACCUGAGCGAGAUCUCGCCCAAGGAGAAGCGCGGCUCCCUGGGGCAGGUGACUGCCGUCUUCAUCUGCAUCGGUGUGCUCACUGGGCAGCUGCUGGGCCUGCCGCAGCUCCUGGGGAAGGAAAGUACCUGGCCAUACCUGUUUGGCAUGAUCAUGGUGCCUGCCUUCACCCAGCUGUUGACCCUGCCGUGCCUCCCCGAGAGCCCGCGCUACCUGCUGUUUGAGAAGCAUGACGAGGAGGGAGCUGUGAAAGCCUUCCAGACGCUCCUGGGCCGAGAAGACGUCUCACAGGAGGUGGAGGAGGCCCUGGCCGAGAGCCGCGUGCACAGGAACACCCGCCUGGUGUCCGUCCUGGAGUUGCUCAGGUGUCCCUUUGCCCGCUGGCAGGUGGUCACUGUGGUCAUCACCAUGGCCUGCUACCAGCUCUGUGGCCUCAAUGCGAUCUGGUUCUACACGAACAGCAUCUUUGGGGCAGCUGGGAUCCCUGCAGAGAAGAUCCCGUACGUCACCUUGAGCACGGGCGGCAUCGAGACCCUGGCUGCCAUCUUCUCUGGCUUGGUCAUUGAGCGCCUGGGACGGAGACCCCUGCUCAUCGGUGGCUUCGGGCUCAUGGCCCUCUUCUUUGGGACCCUCACCAUCGCACUGACGCUGCAGGACCGCGCCCCCUGGGUCCCUUACCUGAGCAUUGUGUGUGUCCUGGCCGUCAUCGCUUCCUUCUGCAGUGGGCCAGGCGGCAUCCCGUUCAUCCUGACUGGCGAGAUCUUCCAGCAGUCUCAGCGGCCGGCGGCCUUCAUCAUCGCGGGCACCGUCAACUGGCUCUCCAACUUUGCGGUCGGGCUCCUCUUCCCGUUCAUCCAGAAGAGUCUGGACACCUACUGCUUCCUGGUCUUCGCCACUGUUUGUGUCACAGGAGCCGUGUACCUCUAUCUUGUCCUGCCUGAGACCAAGAACAGAACCUAUGGAGAAAUCAGCCAGGCGUUUGCCAAAAGGAACAAGGCAUACCCGCCAGAGGAGAAAAUUGGCUCGCUUGUCAUGGAUGAGAAGUCCAAUGGGAGGUCUGGUGCGGAUUCCUCUUGCAUGCUGAAUAAUGAGGCCAAAGACGGGAUUGUCUAAACUGGCGAUGUCACCCCUGCAGAGAACCAAGGGUUGCCCCACUUUUCGGAAGGCUUCAUGCAAGUGUUACAUCCUUAACCAUUUAAAAGUAAGCCUGUGCUGACCUAGCACACAGCCGAACCUCCCCGGCCCCUCUGGAAGCUGGAAAGGACCGUCCUGUGUUCAGGAGACCCAGCGUUCUCCAGAGCGGCUGGCCCGCUGCUUCACGCCCUCACCCCUGCUUUCACGGGGAGGUCGGGGAGAGCGUGCUUGACUGCUUUCUCAGAGGACAAUGCUGGUCUGCUGAGGGACUCGGUGGACUGGGAGUCGCUGCCUGAGGUGCCACCCCAGCUUUACCGUAAGUAGCCUGCCUUCAUCUGCCCUCACCCUCGGCCCUGCAGGCGCCCUGGGAACUUGAUGUGAGCCGUCAGAAUCCAGUGGAAAGACUGAACUCCUAGCAAACCCCUGUUACCCACCUCGGCUCUCCCUGUGGAUCUCAGGCGUAGGAGGACCUAACCCCAACCCCUGCUGCAGGCUCCGCCUUUCCCCGGCGUGUCCCCUGGGGCUCCAGCUGUCUUCACCGCAGGCUAUUACAUUCUGUGUGCGCACAAGGGCACAAAGAUCGAUGUGCAGAAGGCUUAAAGAGGCAGAAAUAACUUGCAGUAACUGGGCAGGGACUGCAAAUUGAACUCGUUUCCAUUGAAAAAAGGAUUGGGAAUGAUUCUGAGGCUAAGCCUAGACUUGGUGGGAAAGAGCUUUGUGAGUGAGGGGUGCCGGGAGCCCCCGACAGGGAGCGGUGGGCGCCUCCACAGGGGCUUGGGCACACCCGGUGUGGCGAUGGGCGGCAGUGUCCGGCCUAAGCCGCCCAGUUGCCCGCGUGCGGGGCAGCAGCAAGUCCGCCUGUAACCGUCCUCACCUGCUUUGGAAUGUUGACCCCCAAAGAAGAGAAAGCUCCUUCCGGAUGCCGUCCUCCAACAGCUGGCCGCCGCUCCGCAGACCAGCCAGAAUAAAAGCUACGUGGCCCUGAGGCUCAAAGACCAAGAACUGAGAGAUUCGAGGCAGCAAGCGGCCAGGGCCUUCAUACACGAAUCUUUAUAUGGCCCAGGAACCAACAGAACUAGUGUAAACAAGUUCCUGUCUCUCGACAACAAGCGCUUACCAGUGAAGAAGGCUGCCGCCCAGUUUUUGAACAGUGCGUGGGGAACCCAGAAAAAACAGAAUGCCAAGAGAUAUAAAAGACGAUGGAUGAUCAGAAAGAUGAAAACUCCUAAGAAGUAAAUUGAAGCCAAAUGAAGAAUCUGCGCUUCGCAAGUUAACCCUGUCCUCCCACUGACCCUAAUCCAGUUCUCACAACCUUCUACAACUGACAACUUGGAGGCCCUGAUAACCCAGAAAAACAAGAGGCCGCCUCCCUGCAAGCCCACGUGCUUCUCUCCUGGACUGGAGGACAGCCAUGGUCUAGCCAAUGGAAGAUUUAGGAAAAUGCUGCCCUGAUUCCUAGCCUAGAAAUGAGCAGCAGGAAUACGCCUUUCAAUAAGGGGGCGGAGGGGCUAAGUCUUUGGUAGAGUAAAACUUUGAAUUCAAACACGAGGACCACCAAAGUCUAUCAUUGUGAAUGAGAAGAGACAGACAUUCAUGGCUACUACAAACAUGUAAAAACAUGCACACAAAAACUACUUUCCAAACACCGGAAGAUGCACCUCAACCUACUGUUUCUAUUACAUUUAGAUCAUGUAAUCUGGAGUUGAGAUAAAGGAGAACAGUUUUUAUGUGUGAAAGUACUUCUGUAUUAAAAUACAUAAAACAUUAAAAAAAAAAAAAAAAAAAAAAAAAAAAAAAAA